UUUCUUGCAUCUCUGCAGUACCCCAGAUUCUCUCAUUCAGCUCUCCCACACCCAAUCUGUGGACCCCAUACCUCCCAGUUCCCAGAUCAAGUUUCUAAGUUUUCCUCCCCUCCACCGCCUUACCCGCUAGCAGUUGUUGGUCAUCCAGAGGGCAUGGUGGCGACGGCAUGGUCGAGAUAAACCAUCGCCCAUUCUCCUGGGGCUCCGAUUGACUAGCACGCUUCGACCGCUGUUGCUUUUGCUUAUUACUAUCUGCCUCCAUUCCUCCGUAAAGUUAUAGAAACCAGUAUCCUGAAUACUUUAGUCGAUGGCAUCCGCUGUUAGCAUUUCGUCCGGGACAAUCUCGACCGUUGCUGAAUCCAGUAGUUUAGGAAGCCUCUCUCAUUAUUCAAACCAACGUCCAGACUGCAACUGCUUCAAACCCCUCUCAAGAAAAGCGCUCCGCUUGAGCGCUGCGCGGAUCCCAUCGUCCACGUCAUCGUUCCGAGCUCCCGUAUCCAUGGCGAAGGACCAAGCCAUCGGCGGCCGGUCGACGUCAGUCAACGGAUGCGUGACCCACGCCAACCCUCCGCCGAUCGCGCAGACGGCGGAGUCUGGCUCCGUUUCCGCUGCGGAGAGCGCGGAGGCGGUCCAGGCGAGGUCGUCGCUGUCCACCAAGUCCGUCCAUGCAGGAGAGCGUCCCGGGCGUCCGCUGGUGGUGGACUCUUUGACGACGCCGAUCGUGCAGACGUCGACAUACUUCUUUAAGGACACGGCCGACCUCAUCGAAUUCGUGGAAGGGAGAAAGUCGAGCUUUGAGUAUGGCCGGUACGGCAACCCGACAACGGACACUGUGGAGCGCAAGAUCAGCGAGUUGGAGCAAGCGGAGGCGACGCUGCUGUCGUCGUCCGGCAUGUGCGCGGCGACGACGAUGCUGCUGGCGCUGGUGCCGGCGGGCGGGCACAUCGUGACGACCACGGACUGCUACCGCCGCACGCGGCAGUUCAUCCAGACCAUGCUGCCCAAAAUGGGCAUCUCCACCACUGUGAUCGACCCUGCCGACAUGGCCGCUCUAGAGAAGGCGCUCGACGAGAACCAGGUUUCGCUGUUCUUCUCCGAGUCCCCCACGAACCCCUACCUGCGGUGCAUCGACGUGCCGCUGGUGAGCCGCAUGUGCCACGCUAAGGGCGCGCUGGUGUGCAUCGACGGCACCUUCGCGACGCCCAUCAACCAGCACGUGCUGCCGCUGGGGGCCGACCUCGUGCUGCACUCGGGGACCAAGUACCUGGCUGGCCAUAAUGAUGUGUUGGCGGGCACCAUCAGUGGCAAGGCGGACCUGGUCCAGAAGGUCCGAUCGCUGCACAAUGUGCUGGGGGGAGUGGUUGACCCGCAUGCGUCGUACCUCAUUUUGCGUGGGCUCAAGACCCUGGCUCUGAGGGUGCGCCGGCAGAACGAGUCCGCCAUGGAGCUCGCUCAAGUGCUCUCCACCCAUCCUAAGGUGCUGCGAGUGCACUACCCCGGGCUGCCCUCGCACCCGGAGCACCACAUCGCCCUGGAGCAGAUGCACGGCGGCUACGGGGGCGUCGUCAGCUUCGAGGUGGACGGCGACCUGGAGCGCACGUCGCGCUUCAUCGACGCGCUGAGUAUCCCGUACAUCGCACCGUCGCUGGGCGGCGUGGAGUCCCUCGUGGAGCAGCCCACCAUCAUCUCCUACUGGGACUACGGGGCAGAGGAGCGGGCACGGCUGGGAAUCAAGGACAACCUGGUGAGGUUCAGUGCAGGGAUUGAGGACUGCGCUGACAUCAUUGCUGAUGUCAUGCAGGCUCUUGAUUCCAUUUAGGAGGCACGCUGGGCUCGCACAGUGCUUCACAAGCUGUUCAGCACAUGCAGCCGAGCGCUGCUGUACACACCUGCGCACAUGUACGCGUGAAGUAGUAUCACAGACCGUGCUGGUUAGCUAAGCUAGGGCCACCAUGCCAUUCAAAGAUUAAGGGACGGCAGGAAGACCUCCAACACGCUAGUUUUCCGCUUAGGUCUUUUUCCUCUGAGUCAUAAGUUGUGACGUGAGGUGACUUGCAGUGCAGGGUGUAAUGUCGGAACUAUCUGUUAUUGCAUGCAUCUACACUUCUCAUAGUCG